AGAGGUUGAAGGAACUUGAAAUUCUCAAACCCACGCCAUUGACGGAGAAGAUGGAUCCAAUAUCAAAGUUUGAGCAAAUUUGGCAACAAUUUGAUCUCAUCCCUUUUUCUCUCUGCAUUUUCUUCUUCUUCCUCGUGUUGCUGAAACUCUUGAAACCCAAAAACAACACCAAAAACUUCCCUCCAUCGCCGCCCAAACUUCCCAUCAUCGGCAACCUCCACCAAUUAGGAUCACUCCCACACCAAUCUCUGGCAGCUCUUUCAGAUAAACAUGGGCCUCUCAUGUUCCUCAAGCUCGGCCAGGCCCCAACUCUGGUGGUUUCCUCUGCAGAAAUGGCCAGAGAAGUGAUGAAGACCCACGACCUCAAUUUCUCCGACAGGCCCCAAACUACGGCUGCAAAGAUCUUGCUUUACGGCUUCAAAGACGUGGGUUUUGCUCCAUAUGGCGAGUACUGGAGACAAGCCAGAAAAAUCUGCGCUCUUGAACUCUUUAGCGCCAAAAGAGUGGAGUCAUUUCAGUACGUGAGAGACGAGGAAGUUGCUGUGCUCGUCAACAGGAUCCGUAGAGGUUGUGUUGGUGGUGAUGGUGAGGGAUCUGUGAAUCUUGCUCAGCUGUUUUUGUCGACCUCGAACAAUAUUGUGUCGAGAUGUAUGAUGGGAGACAAAUUUGAGGAUGAAAAUGGGAAGAGCAGAUUUGGAGACAUAUCGAGGAGGGUUAUGGUGCUAUUAACGGCGUUUUGUUUUGCGGAUUUUUUUCCUGCUCUUUGGUGGAUCGAUGUUGUUAGAGGGUUCAAUGGGGAACUGAAGAAAUGCUUCACAACUUUGGAUGCGUUUUUUAGUAAGGUGGUUGAAGAACACAAGGCUAAGAUGAUAGGUGGUGGUGAAUUAUGUGAUGAAUCUAAAAGGGAUUUUAUGGAUAGCAUGUUGCAGCUGAUAUUGCAGGAUGACAUGGUUGACUAUCGUUUCUCUCUAGACAAUCUCAAAGCAAUUGUGUUGGACAUGUUUGUAGGUGGAAGCGACACAACUGCAACGGGUUUGGAAUGGACGAUGACAGAGCUGAUGAGAAACCCAUCAGUCAUGAAAAAAGUUCAAGAAGAAGUUAGAAAAAUUGUAGGAAACAAGGAAAAGAUUGAAAUGGAAGACAUUCAAAAUAUGCCGUACAUGAACUGUGUGAUAAAAGAAUCUCUAAGACUCCACCCACCAGUUCCUCUAUUGGUGCCACGAGAGGCUAUAGGCGAUGUGGAGAUUGAAGGCUACCACAUCCCAUCAAAAACAAGAGUGUUCGUGAAUGCUUGGAAAAUACACAGAGACCCCAACAUCUGGGAGAGGCCAAACGAGUUCAUUCCAGAGAGAUUCAUGGAGAAUUCAAUUGAUUACAAAGGUCAAGACUUUGAUUUCAUUCCCUUCGGGAGUGGGAGAAGGAUAUGCCCUGGAAAGUCGUUUGGGAUUGCUUCCUUUGAAUAUGCAUUGGCAAAUCUUCUAUAUUGGUUCGAUUGGAAGCUCCCUCAUGGAUCUAAAGAAUUGGAUGUUGAAGAAGAAAAUGGACUCACUGUUCGUAAGAAAAUUCCUCUCCAUUUGAACCCAAUAUCAUACAUCUAAAUUAAAAUAAAGAAAAUUGUCAUGUGGGAGCAUGCACUUUGUUAUAUAACAAUAUUGUUUUUUGUGUCAUACAUGUCAUAUUUCCUGUCUGUGUCUGUAAUGAAUUUGUCUCCAUCUCCCUUCGGUCACACUGCCACAUGCUGAACUAUUAUCAAAUUAAUUUCUCUCUAUAAUCUUGGAAAGGAGAGAGCGAAGGGUAGAACUCUUGUACUCGCUUUUCAAGAAGCCUAAAUUUGUGUGUAUUGAAUUUUUUUGAAUUUGCAUAGCUUAUAUAUGUUUGGUUUAUGAUUUUAAA